ACAAGAGGAGAUAUAUAAAUACCUGCCUGCCCCACCAUUAAUGAUGCUAACAUUGAUCACUAGAUUCAGGUUGAUCAUUUUGGAUUUAAUAAUGUGAAAACUUUUAAACAGCGGUACCUAAUAGCUGAUAAAUACUGGAAGGAAAAUGGUGGAUCAAUACUUUUCUACACUGGUAAUGAAGGGGACAUUACCUGGUUUUGCAAUAAUACGGGGUUUAUGUGGGAUGUGGCUGAGGAACUGAGCGCUAUGUUGGUGUUUGCUGAACAUCGAUACUAUGGAGAAUCCCUACCAUUUGGUGCCAGCUCAUUCAAGGAUUCCAGGCGCUUGAAUUUUCUGACAUCAGAACAAGCUCUGGCUGAUUUUGCAGAGUUAAUCAAACACUUGAAAAGAACAAUCCCAGGAGCUGAAAAUCAACCUGUCAUUGCCAUAGGGGGCUCUUAUGGUGGCAUGCUUGCAGCCUGGUUUAGGAUGAAAUAUCCUCAUAUGGUAGUUGGAGCUCUUGCAGCUUCUGCCCCUAUAUGGCAAUUUGAGGAUUUGGUACCUUGUAGUGUAUUUAUGAAGAUUGUAACUACAGAUUUUAGGAAAAGUGGUCCAAAUUGUUCAGAGAGCAUCCGCAAGUCCUGGGAUGCCAUUAAUCGUCUCUCAAAUACUGGUGGUGGUUUGCAGUGGCUUACCGAAGCCCUUCAUUUAUGCAAUCCAUUAACUUCUCAGGACAUUCGAAAAUUGAAAGACUGGAUCUCUGAAACCUGGGUGAAUCUGGCAAUGGUGGACUACCCUUAUGCAUCUAACUUUUUACAGCCUUUGCCUGCUUGGCCUAUCCAG